CUCUCUCUCUCUCUCUCUCGAUUUGAAAUUGAUUUAUCAGAUCGUAUGCGGUUGCUCGUAUUUUUUCUGUUUUUUGAAGAAUUAUUUGAUUUACACGGUAUAUCUCUUGGCUUAUAUGUUGAUAUUUGGUAUUGAUGGCUCUGUGUGUUUUUUCCAAUUUUCGUUAAUGUUGUUAUUUGUAGUUGCUGCUGCUGUUAGGUUUAAUUUUUGUUUCUUUUUUGGUUUCUAGUUCCCUUCUUUGUAUUCGUUGGGUUUAUGGUUACGCAAUCGAUUUAUAAGAUCGCGUAUAGAAAAGAAAUUAAAAAAAAUAGAAAAGGAAUUAGUUUACUCGAUUUGACAUAUAAUUUGUAAUUUCAUUUCCUUUUCGCAAAUAAAAUGUAAUUUUUCUCUUUUCAAGAUAGUGUGUUUUGAUGCGAGGAAUUAAGAAUUAUUAUUUUCUUGUACUGUGGGUUACUUGCAAUAGUGUGGGUUUUUUUAGCAUUAUUAUUUAUCUCGCAUCUUGUAUAAUGAUUUUUCUUACAAUUACGAUGGAUAUAAUAAUUCUCUUGAAAAUCGUUGGAAACGAGUACAAUGGACAGCCUGCGUGUUUUGGUUGUACGAAACGAAUGUGUGUGUGGUUUCUUUAUGUGUGAAUAUCUACGUGAGCACUGAAAACACAUGUGCACUGUAUAUAUCUCGACCUCAGUUUGUGAGCAAUGUGCUGUGAUCUGCCACUGAGAAGGUUGCUUGUAAAUUUAAAUGAGGGGCAGAAGCUACAGCUACAGUCCCCCACCAAGGGGUUACAGCCGAAGACGUCGAAGCCCCAGUCCCAGGGGUCGCUAUGGUGGUCGUGGUAGAGAUCUUCCUACAAGUCUUUUAGUUCGCAACCUUCGUCAUGACUGCAGGUCUGAAGAUCUACGAGGGCCAUUUGGCCAGUUUGGUCCUCUCAAGGACAUUUACUUGCCUCGAGAUUAUCACACUGGGGAGCCACGUGGCUUUGGGUUUGUACAGUUUGUAGACCCAGCUGAUGCAGCAGAUGCCAAAUAUCAUAUGGAUGGUCAAAUUCUUCUUGGUCGUGAAUUGACUGUUGUAUUUGCUGAGGAGAACAGAAAGAAGCCUGCAGAAAUGAGGGCUAGAGAACGUUAUCGGGGUCAGUCAUAUGAACGUAGGCGGUCUCCCCUUCGCUAUUCUCGAUCACCACGCUAUGCACGGACUUAUUCUCGCAGUCCUGAUUAUUAUUCCCCUUCCCCAAGACGGCGGCACUACUCAAGGUCGAUUUCGCCUAGAAACAGGAGCUACAGGGAGAGAUCAUACUCGAGGUCACCUUAUGCGUCAAGGAGCCGGAGCCGUAGCCGCAGCUUUAGUAGGAGCCGCAGUCGAAGCCAGGAUUACUCUGGUUGACUAGUUAAUAGGAAUUUCCGGAGCCUAGUAUUUGAUCAAAAGUAGGAAAGCGUCUGUGUUAGAAGUUUAACUUCGAGUGCGUGCUUUGAUGCAUUGAUAAUAAAGUUAAUCUCAGGAGUUUCUAAAGAAGAUCGACUUUCUAGGCUGGUGUAGACCAUGCCGUCUUGCCUUACCGGUUAUUGUUGUUUUGACUGUACUGAUAGGUAAUUCUAGGGGUGUUAUUAUUCAUCAAGUUAUGACCAGUUGAACGUCUUGCUA